AUGUCUAUUAAAACGCCAAUAGUCAAGGUCUGUGGUUUGCAAUCAGUGGAAGCUGCUAGUAGAGCUAUUGAAAAUGGUGCCACACUUAUCGGAAUAAUAUGUGUUCCUAAUAGGAAGAGAACAGUUGAUCCACAGGUUGCUAAGGAAAUAUCGCGACUUGUUCAUGACGACUCAUUCAAUAAAGUCGGUACCAAACUCGUCGGCGUGUUUCGUAACCAGGCCUUACAAGAAGUCAAGAGAAUUGCGGAUGAUUACAAUGUGGAUAUAAUACAGCUUCAUGGUAGCGAACAGUGGAGAGAGUUUAAAGAGGUGCUACAGAAGCCAAUAAUAAAGAGAAUGAUCUUUCCCGCGGAUUGUGAAGAAGUAGUUGAAUUAUCGCGACGCCGGGACCUAGAGGUUUGGCCAUUAUUCGACUCCGAGGCCGGUGGCACUGGUGAAUUACUUGAUUGGCAAGAUAUCUCGAAUUGGAGUGAGGCUGAAGGCAAAGGAUCAAAAUUCAUCCUUGCUGGAGGUUUGACUACCAAUAACGUUUCUGAAGCGCUUGCUCUCAGUGGAGUGAUUGGCGUAGAUGUUAGCGGAGGAGUUGAAACACAAGGCGUUAAGGAUUUAACAAAGAUCGAUGAUUUCAUUGCUCAGGCAAAGAGUUGA